UCUAAUUUGGCAGAUUCGUUGGGAUCAUAAGUAACCACAGAAGCAGCUGAGACUCUUUGUAUUUAUCUUUUAAACUGUAAAGACAUAAUAUCGUAAUUUCUUUAUUCCAAUAAGAGUGUACUGGAAAUUGAGUCCAUGAACUCGGCUUGAUAACGAAUCUCUCGUCUUUUAUUAUAUCAUGACACUGUUCAUCUAAUAUUUUAGCAAGAUUAUCCAUAGUAGGGAUGGCAAAUAAAUUGAAUAAAUUCUGAAGAUUGACAAAGACAUUUUACUUGAGAGAUCGUAUUAUUCAGUGGCAGAAUUUUACCAUUUACCAUAGCCUCAAUAGAAUGGCAUAAUUCAAUUUAGUGUGAAGUAAGAUAUUAUAAUUACUAUAUUUAGUCAAAUUGUUAUUUUAUAUUCUGUAAUAUAAAAUUGUGUUGCUUUGUCGAUAAAAUUGUAAAACUAGUUACUCAUGAUAUUCAUUUUAGAAAAUAGGAUGUUGAGAUUUACAACAUCGUAGGCUCCUUUUAGGUCAAUAAAGAGACGUUCUUAGAAAAGGAUAAUUGGAUGUCUGAGACAAGUUGUGCUAGAGCGUCUACAGUUCCUUGACCUCUACGAAAACCAUAUUGAAUUUUUGGUGCCAAGGAGUUACUUUCUAUAAAAAUCUCCAGCCGAUUCUUAAUCAAACGUUCAAAAGUCUUUGUUAUGCAUGAGAGUAAAGAAAUGGGUCGAAAAAAUGUCGGUGAAUCAGGUUUUUUAUUGGGUUUUAUAAUUAACGUUAUAAUAAUCUCUUUCAAUUUAUCUGAAGAAUCUUGUCCAAGCCACCAACUAUCAUUUUGUAUGUGAAACUAUCUAUACCGGGAGCAGUAUUUCGCGACGUUUUUAUUGCAGUAUGCAGCUCUUCUAGAAUAAAUGGUUUUCCUAGGAAUUCCGAUUUUGACUGUAAUGAAAAAUUAUAAUUUUCUGUUGAUAAAAAUGGGGGGCUUAAAACUGAUGGCGGAGCUAAGGAGUUUAAUAUUUGAUCUAUUAAUUCUGGAGUUAAGUUUGGUGAUUAUUAAUACAUUUAACUUUGUGUCAUAUAUUAGACAAAGGAGUACUUUUAUUUAAACUAUUUAAAUAUUCAAGCCAGCAUUGCUUCUAUUUUUUCUUGAAUAUUAAUGUUGCUUUGGCGGAAAUAUUUUUAUAAUGUAGAUAGUUCUCUAAAUUAUCCAGAUGUUUAUAUUUAUUCAAUGCUUUUUUCCGUUCUAUAGAUGCUGAUGAACAGGCAGCAUCCCACCAGUAUGGUCUAGGAUGAAACUGUUUGUGAGAUUUUUUUCUGGGCAUCGCUUGAUUUGCGGAAGUGGACAUUAGUUCAAAGAAUAAUAAUAGUUUGUCCUCAUUUGGAAACAAAUUUUGAUCACAAGUCUUGAUUCAAGAAUAUUUUUGAAAUGGUGCCAGUCUGCACGAGAGCCUGUCCAUUUAGUUGAAGGGUUGAUUAGAGUAUACAAAGACACGAUUUGCAAUUCCAUAAUUAUUUGGUAGUGGUCCGAUCCCAUUGUAUCAUCAAAUACUUCCCAAUGUAUUUUACUUGCUAGAGAAGGGGUUGUUAUGGUUAAAUCAACUGUUGAUUUAUAUUGAUUUGGCGCGUUACUCUAAUGGGAAUACCAUCAUUGAGUACAACUAGAUCUAAAUUGUCUACCACGUCGGCUAAAAUUAUUCCUUGUGGUGUAUCCGGAUGAGGAAUCCACAUACUAAAAUGUGCAUUAAAAUCUCCACAGAAUAUUGUAGUCAAAGGGAAAUGUUGAAAUAAUUGUUCCCAAUAUUUAUUAUUCUCAUAAACAUUAGUUUUCAUUGAAAUUGUUUUCAUUGGUUUUCAUCAAUGCUUUGGAAGUUGCUGUCCUGGUGUGAUUUUUGAAACGUGUUUUUAAAGCUCUGAACGAUGUCAUCAAUAUAAUAAGUUUUGGUCGGCUUUUCUGGAGAGGCAAAAUAUAAUUUUGACUCAAUAAGUUUGAACCUAUCCCUUGAAAUAGCGUUUUUUAUAGUUUUAUAGUUAUAUUCCCCAUUGAUGAAUGUUUUGACCAAUAAUGUAUAAUUGAUGGUAGUCGAUUAUAGGACAUGAGAACUGAGCCGAUCACAGUCUGUAUUUCACCUACAUCAGUAUCUGAAAUCCGUUUUUUCUUCUUUCCUUUUGGAGGAUAUUUAGUCGGGCAUUGGUGCAUUGUGCAAUGUACGUAUAAAGCGAGCGAAGAAAUAUCUUAUGAAAUACAUCAAUGGGGCUCAUGUCUUUGUGAAAUUUUGAAGAUAAAGAACACUCACGUGGAAGUGGGACACUUUCUUGGAACAAAAUCUGUUGUUACAUCUGACCAUAUAAUUCUACGAUUUUUUGAAUCGCCAGAGUCUUUACCAUGAGCAGUUUCUCCACCCGAUGAUUCACUUUCAAUAGUUUCAAUGAUUUCUUCCAAGCUUUCUACCUACUGAGAAUCCACAUCAUUAUUGCCGGAUAAUGAUUCAUUAUCUUGGCCCGAAUUUUCUGCAGAUGAUGGCUCCCAUAGAUCGCUACUGCCCGCCGAAAAGUCUGAUACACAGAAACAUCUCACAUAUGGUUAGCGAUGUGAUCCAUCUCAUCUCUACUUAAUUUAUUUAUUAUGCACAUCGUGUUAAACAAAAAACAAACAAACAUGUACCGACAUCUAGUGCAGUUACGGACUGCUGGUACUAUGUGUACCACUGUAGAAAACAGCUGUUUUUUGUUAUUUCCAGCAGUGUUUCGCAACAUAUUUUGUCGUAAUAUUGUAAGAUUCACCUUAACUAAGUCCACACACAAAAUUGGCGCAAUUUAGGUCACUUUUUUCCGUGAAAAUCAACUAAAAACGUAGCGUAGAACGUGGCUCGGCACAAAUAAACAAAUACCACAUAACUCCAAAUAAAAUUCCGCGCAUCACAGUUUCAUAGGGAGGUAGGAGACGCACUGGUACGUAUACUAACCAUUCAAAAUAUAAAUAUUUGCUUAUAGUCUCCGCGUGAUUCAUGCUGGUACAUAUGUCGACAGGCUCGAAAAGGUUAAAAAAAUUCAAAAUAAAUUUUUUUUAGUAGUUUCGUCAUUACUGUGUAUGUAGCAAAUUAUAUUUCCGUUGCCGAAAAUAUGUUUUUUAAAAAUUUCAUUCGAUAUAAAAUUACAAUUGGUGAAUGAUUAUAAUUAAUCUCUUAAGCGAACUAAUUAUAAUACAUUACAAAGGUGUUUACAAUCUUUCGUUUAUAUAAUAAAAUUAUUGCUGACAAUGUGUUUACAAUAUUUGAUACUAUUACGUUUUAAUAAAAUGACCUUCUAGAAUUUUCUCUCCAUAACUAGCAGUGCAUUUUUGGAUUGAGGUGAUGACUUGAAUGAUAAAGAAAAAUACGAAUAUUGCCAAAACAUUUUUAUUGUUUUUGUUAAAAUACAGUAAAACACGCAUUAAGUCUAGUAGUUUCAAGAAACAAAAACAAUGCGAACAAAGUAAAAUAACAAAGGAAUGUAAGAAAAAAAUAUACAAUUGAAGAUACGAGUGGAUAAAGGUGUCAUGUAACAUUUUUUAAAUAAUGAGUAAAUGUGGUUUAACUUUUUUUAAUUGGAACUUUUUUAUCCACUUGACUCUUGAAACUUACUUUGACCAGUGUGCUGAGAAUGUUAAUAAAAAAUUUUUAGCUAAUAAUGUAUUCUAAAAAUGUUUUGCAUUCCAUGAAAAAAUUGAUUAAAAUGCACAUGACACCUUUAUCCAUGAAUAAAUUGAGAAAAAAUAAAACAUAAGAAAAUGCUAAUGGAGUACAAUAAUUAUUGUUGGAAUAUUUUUAUAUAUAUUGAAAAAGUUUACAAUGUUGUUGCAAUUAAUUGGUUUUUCUUUUCUUCUUAGGAUUUGCCUCGUUUUCUUCCAAAACAUUUUCAUAGAACCACCGGUAUUCUUCUUUCACAAAUUUGAUUUGGUCACGCAGAUUGCUUAGCUUUUCGGCACUUAGUCCACAUCUUUUUUCACGAAAUCUGUUUAGUGUAAUUUCAUCUUCUGUACUAACUGGUCUUCUUCCUUUUGUCACUAAGUCUACCUUCAGAAAAGGCGUAAAUUCAUCAAGGUUAUUUUUGUAUAAGUAGGAUCCACAUUCGUCAACCCGUAUCCACUUAAUGUGGUCUCUAAAGUUAAUUUUUUGGCCUAGUUCAUUUGUCUUUUUAUUCCAGAGAUGUAGUUUUCGAGAAAGUUCCUCAAAAUCAUAAAAGUAAUGUUCCAUGUCAACACCACUACAAUUUUUUGUACUAGCGGAUUUAAUAAUAUCACGAUAUUGUUCUGGUGUAUAUAUAUUUUCAACCUUUCGUAGUUUUUUCUCUAUUCUGCCAAAAUUUCUAUCGGAAUCCAGAUAACUAUGUCCGACUUCCGGAAAUUUGUGAUCAAUAACCUUAAACAUUCCUUUUAAAAUCAAUAGCUGAUAAAGACAAAUUAUGUUAAAAUUUUUAUUUUGCCCAGCGCAAGAAUCCGACCCUAUGACCAGAUGAUUAAUGUUUUCAUUGCAUUCUUUCAGUAGCUGACAGAAUCUGUAAACGCAACUGGCUAUUAGUCUAACGCGGGAUUUACAUUUACGAGUACUCGGAUCCGAGUUAUAUUUGCGAGUUGAGUUCAAUCGUUUACAUUACGUCCGAGUAAAUUCAAAUCUUUUUGUGUUUAAAAAUGGCUCCUUCAAGAAAAAAACGUGCCGCUAUAACUUUAGUAUUAUUUAUGGUGUUUAAAAAGAGGAAAGAAUAUGACAAAGUUAAACGAAAUAGAACUAUUUGGGUUAAACAACAUUUACAAGAGCGCCACAGACUUGGAAUUGAAGAAAAUCUGCUAAAAGAUUUGUUAACCCAAGACGGGAAAGAUUUUAAGAAUUUCAUGCGGAUGGACUACGAAACAUUUUGUAUGUUACAUAUAAAGGUUUCCCCCUAUAUAAAAAAACAGAAUACAUAUUUACGAAGUGCUAUAAGUUCUGAAUUACGCCUUGCAAUAACAUUAAGAUUUCUUGCAACUGGAGAUAGCUAUAGGUCAUUAGAAUAUCUGACCAGAGUAUCAGCUUCCACAAUAAGUUUAUUUGUUCCUCAAGUAUGUGAAUAUGUAUAUGAAGUGUUGCAGCCCCAGUAUUAUAUGAAGUUUCCUUGCACAAAAGGCGAGUGGGAAAAAAUUGCCAAGGAAUUUGAAAACAAGUGGAAUUUUCCAUAUACCAUUGGUGCUAUAGACGGCAAACAUAUUGUAAUAGAAGCACCGCCCAAUGCAGGAUCCUACUAUUUCAAUUACAAGGGCACACAUAGUAUAGUGUUAUUCGCUUUAGCAGACGCAAACUAUAAUUUUUUGUAUAUUGAUGUUGGUUGCAAUGGACGUAUAUCAGAUGGAGGUAUCUUCAAAAAUUGUACAUUAAAUCAAGCAUUGCAAGAAGCCACUUUAAAUCUACCACCUGAUAAAUGCUUACCAAAUCGCAUUAAGCCAGUACCGUAUAGCAGAGCAUACACGGUCAAUAAAACUGACAGUAGGUAUUGA